CAGCCGAGCGUGACUGGACAGACGGGGGGAGGCUUUUUUGAUCCCCCUCAUCCAUCCAUCCAUUCCCCUCCACCUCAGCGCUGAGAAGAGAAGUGCAGAAACUUUCUUUCCCCAUGGCCCUCGUCAUGGAACCUGUUAGCAAAUGGAGUCCCAGCCAGGUGGUGGACUGGAUGAAAGGGCUGGAUGACUGUCUGCAGCAAUACAUUAAGAACUUCGAGCGGGAGAAAGUGGGUGGGGACCAGCUGCUCCGGAUCACCCAUCAGGAGCUGGAGGACCUCGGCGUGUCCCGCAUUGGUCACCAGGAGCUCAUCCUGGAAGCUGUGGACCUCCUGUGUGCUCUGAACUAUGGGCUGGAGACAGAGAAUCUGAAGACCCUCUCCCACAAGCUCAACGCCUCCGCCAAGAACCUGCAGAACUUCAUCACCGGCCGCCGGCGCAGCGGACACUACGACGGACGCACCACCCGCAAACUGCCCAACGAUUUCCUCACCUCUGUAGUGGACCUGAUCGCUGCCGCUAAGAGCCUGCUGGCCUGGCUGGAUAGGUCACCUUUCGCUGCCGUGACGGACUACUCAGUGACCAGGAACAACGUCAUCCAGCUGUGUCUGGAGCUCACCACCAUAGUACAGCAGGACUGCACUGUCUACGAGACGGAGAAUAAGAUCCUGCAUGUGUGUAAGACCUUAUCAGGAGUGUGUGACCACAUCAUCUCUCUAUCGUCGGACCCUCUGGUCUCUCAGUCAGCUCAUCUGGAGGUGGUUCAACUGGCCAACAUCAAACCUACUGAGGGACUGGGCAUGUACAUCAAAUCCACAUAUGACGGCCUUCACGUAAUUACGGGGACCACUGAGGGAUCUCCAGCUGACCGUUGUAAAAAGAUCCAUGCUGGUGAUGAAGUCAUCCAGGUGAACCAUCAGACAGUGGUGGGCUGGCAGUUGAAAAACUUGGUAAACUCUCUGCGCGGUGACCCUGGAGGGGUGACGCUGACGCUGAAAAAGCGUCCCCAGAGCACGCUCACCUCCGCCCCGGCCCUGCUAAAGAACAUGAGGUGGAAGCCCCUGGCCCUGCAGCCUGUUGCUCCCAAGAGCCCCACCAGCAGCUCGGCCACACCCACCAGCACCAUUAGCACACCCUCCAAACGGGAUAGCUCCGCCCUCCAGGAUCUCUACAUCCCUCCUCCUCCAUCUGAGCCCUACACGCCCAGGGACGAGCAAGGGAAUCUGCCCAGUGAUGAGAGAGGUCAGGGAGGAAUUCCCGCAGCCAAAGGCUCAGAGUCGCCCAACUCCUUUCUGGAUCAGGAGUACCGCCGCCGCUUCCCGCUCAUGGAGGAGGAAGCCGUGCUCUACUGCUACGAAUACGACCCGAACCGUGGAGGACCUCCUUCUCGCCGGGAGAGCACGCCCACCUACGGCCGCCUGAGGCCCAUCUCUAUGCCUGUGGAGUAUAACUGGGUCCCUGACUAUGAAGACCCAGCCAGACUGAAGAGAGAGGGCAGGAGAGAGAACUCCAUGCUGCGGUACGUGAGUGAAGAGAAGGUUCCGGAGGAGUAUCUGACCAGCCGCAGCGCAAAGCGGGACACGGGCAAGCGGACGAAGAAGAAGAGCGAGAAGGGGGGAAGCCCCGCCCACUACUCCCUGCUCCCCGCUUUGCAGAUGGAGGUCCUGCGUCAGGAGUCCAUGUCCACACCCAGCUCAGAUUCCACCUCGCUGUACCACACGUUCCAGGGUUCCUCCCUGCUCUCCAAGUCCAAGAAGAAGAGCAAAGGUCCCCUGUCUUCCAUCAGUAAGAGGAGAAUUUCGUGUAAAGAUCUGGGCCGGGGCGACUGCGAGGGCUGGCUGUGGAAAAAGAAGGACGCCAAGAGCUACUUCUCGCAGAAGUGGAAGAAGUACUGGUUUGUCCUGAAGGACGCCUGCCUGUACUGGUACAUGAACGAGGAGGAUGAGAAAGCUGAAGGCUUUGUCAGUCUCCCAGAGUUUAAGAUUGACCGGGCCAGUGAGUGCCGCAAGAAGUAUGCUUUCAAAGCAUGCCACCCCAAAAUCAAGAGUUUCUACUUUGCGGCUGACGGAGUGGAUGACAUGAACAGGUGGCUGAGUCGGCUAAACAUGGCGGCGGCUGGCUACGCAGAGAGAGAGAAGAUCCGUCAGGAGCAGGCUGACUACUGGAGUGAAAGUGACCAUGAAGACAACGAGACACCAUCUACACCCAAGCAGGACAGCCCACCACCCCCUUAUGACACAUACCCACGUCCCCCCUCAAUGACUUGUGCGAGUCCGUAUCUGGAGCCCAAGCAUGGCCGCUUGUCAUCCACCGAGACCUCCCAGUCGCGCUCCUCUCAUGAGGAGUAUCGCUCUGAGCCUCCAGGGGGUGGCAGCAGCAGUGGCGGUGGCUCUCCUGCCCGCAAGUCGGCCAGCCAGCGGCGCUCCUGGCAGGACCUGAUUGAGACGCCGCUGACCAGCUCGGGGCUACACUACUUGCAGACGCUGCCUCUGGAGGAUGCCGUGUUCUGCGAGCCGGGUGUGGGUCUGUCCCCCGAAUAUAGACGCCAGUCCACGCUGCCCGCCCAGCGCACACUCCUGCAGGAGCACUACGGCCCCUUCCCCAUGGCUGAGGGCGAGAGGCUGCGAGACCCUGUGACCGCAGGAGGAAAACCCCGCAGCUUCACACUGCCACGGGACAGCGGCCUGCAUGCCCUCCUCACACCCUCCUCCAGCAUGGCCGAGCAGCGGGACCCCCAGCGCAGGGAGCUGACGGAGCAAGAGAGAGAGAGAGAUGAGAGAGCAGUAGGAUUGUCUGUUAGUGGGGAGCAGGACCGGGAGCGGCAGGGCCACGCAGACUCGCUGGGUGACCUGUACCGGGCGCUGGAGCGUGCCAGCCUGUCUCCGCUGGGUGAGCGGCGCCUCUCCACCCGUCUAGAAUACAAGCACUCCUUUGUGCGUCGUUGCAACGACCCGCUGCUCAAUGACAAAGUGCAUCGCCUGCGCAUCCUGCAGAGCACGCUCAAGGACAGGGAAGGGGAGAUAGCAGUGAUUGACAAGCUGCUGGCCAAGCCCAAGCUCACGUCCUCCGAGUUCCAGGAGUGGAAGAGAACGUACCUGGAGCUUUUCUCGGCGGACGCCAAGCAGGAGCGGCAGUCCAGCCCCGUCUCGGAGCCCAGCCCAGGAUCCACACCGGAACCGACCCCGCGUGCCCCCUCGCUCUCACACACCCACUCCUACAUCGAGACUCACGUGUGAUUGGCUUAGUGGGCUGCCUCGGGACCUUUUAAAAACAACCACAUUCUAUGUAGUAGGAUGCUACGCGUACCUUUGAUCAGCCUGUGCUAUAGGAAAAAGCACCCUUAGUACCUGUUUCUUGCGCAAUUAAUUGUGUAUUCACUUGAUUCUGACAGAGUUCACUGUUGAUUGUGUUGCUCAAAUGUUGGCCUGCAUUCAGGCGCAUAAAUGAAUCAGGUCUGGCCUCAAACUGCUGGACACUGGCACAGCUAGUAGCCCACUAGUUACCAUGGCUACCAGCCCACCAUUCCCUAAGGGGUUUAGACAAGACUGAGAAACAGAGCCUAGAGCCACAGCAGGACAGAUCCACGGCCUUAUCCAAGAGCAGGAACAACUGAUGGAAUACAGGGACCUUUGGAAGAAAACCCUCGGACUGUGGACUUUGAUUUGAAAGACAUAAAAGCAGCAUUUAAAGGAGCUACAUGUAAGAUUAAACCAAUAGUGGUGCUUGGCCCCUUUUUGCCUGCCACUGCUUAUUAUACAAGCCAAAUGUGAGCAAAAUAAUCGUCUUUCUUAUUUGAUCUGUAAUGGGGACUUUUGAAGAGCCGAUUUAGAAAGGUCCCGUGGCUCGGUGCCAAAUGUUGCUUAAUCUUUUAUUGAAUUAAACAUAAAGAUCUUACCUGUAGCUCUUGCUAAGUGCCAGCGGAUGUGGAUUUUUCUCUCGCUACACAAUGCUGCUCCACCAGCUUCUUCUUUCCUUUUAAGGGAGAUCUCCUUGCGGGCAUAGACACA